AUGUCUUCACCAUUUAUUGUUCCUGACUGUACUCAACAAGUGUCUGGAAGAAUCGCAGACAGUGAGAUUGUUGUUCCCUCGAGUGAACAGCUGUUGGAAAGACUCGCGCACGGCAAACUUGGUGUUCCUAACUGUAGUGAACAGCUGUUUGAAAAAAUCGCUUUCGCAAACCCUCACCUUCGAAUGAACCUUAUCGAAGGCCAACUUGAAAUAAUGUCUGUUCUCGAGGAAACGAAUACAAGAGAAGCAUGGCUCAUCUGGCAAGUAGGCAAUUGGUGUAAUGCAAACGGACAUUUUGGUGGUUUUAAUGCAAGUAUUAUAGUGCCCAAUGCUAGGGAUGACUUCGACAUUUUAGGCCCCGAUGCGUGUGUUAUGGAACGCCUUCCAGACGACCCGGAGAACCAAAUUUUCCGCAAGUUAACCAAACAUUAUCAUAGAGCUAUGUUCACAGAGAAACUCAGCUCGAGACGUGGAUAG